GCAAAGGCUAUCAAAAGACAAGACUGGCAAGUAGUAAGGUGGAUCUGUAAAAAUGAGAAACAUCUCAUAAACACGUGUGAUGAUGAUAAGGACACGCCGUUAAUGCACGCUUCAGACUACGACGCACCAGACGACAUAAUGCUAGAUAUGAUUGCGAAAGCAACAUUGAAGAAUUUAGAACACAAGAAUAAUUUUGAUGGUUCAACUAUUCUCCAUCGCCUGGCGUCCUUCGGCGGCUCUAGCGUGACUCAACUGAGAAGCGUGUUAGAAAAAACGAAAAACGCCAACGUGACAGACAACCUUGGACGCACACCACUACAUAGGUGUAUACUUGCUCCGCGUAAGUACGAUGAACAUCGAGAGACUGUCAUGUGCCUGUUGAUUCAUGGGGCCUCCGCAUCGAUAAAAGAUAUGCAUGGAAGGACUCCUCUUGAUUGUUAUGAUUGUAACAAAUGUCGUGAAUACGAAAAUUCCACGAGAUCCGAGAAAAAGCACUCACUUAAAAAGUUAUUAAUAGGACGAUCAAUACCGCCUGAAAUUGAGGCUAGAGGUAAAACUGCUGUGAAAGCCUACGAAUACGAAAUGCAAAAUGGUGAAAUGACGGUAGUUAAUGCAAGAUUCAUGUUUCUGGGAAAGGAAGGAGCCGGAAAGACCUCCUGUGUAAAUCAUAUUCUUGAAAAAGAUGGUAUUCUGCGUGUAAUGCUGCGUUCAUUAGAACUUGUGAAAGCUGAUUUCACAACUUGUAACAUGCGAGUACACAAGAAGAGUGCAUUUAUUUGA